AUGAGGCAUACUAGUGGUGGUUAUCAGUUUAGGAGGAGGAAGUAUGUGAGAGUAAGUUAUGUGGAUGCUCGCAGACGUGAGUUCAUGAAUCUAAUGCAAGGUGAUAGGACUGUGGCUGAGUAUGAAGCUAAAUUUCUAAGACUGAGCUGCUAUGCUCGAGGGAUUGUGGCAUCUGAGUACGAGAAAUGUGCCUACUUUGAGGAUGGUUUUAAGGACAGUUUGAGGGUUUUAAUAGCUCCGCAGAGGGAGCAAGAGUUUAUUGUUCUGAGACCUAAGAAACAUGCCAGACCUGAUAGGCCUUCUAGAGUGGGAGUUCUAGUUGCUCCUAUUGGGAUUCAGCCAUGCAAUGACUGUGAUAUAGGGUCAACACACUCGUAUAUAGCUAGUUCUGUCUCUGGUAACUUGGGAAUUACUGUUGAGAGUACUUUGGGUGAGAUUUAUGUAUUGAGUCUGCUGGGUCAAUCAGUUCGGGUAAAUAGACUUUAUAGAAAUGUUCCGCUAGAAGUACAAUGGGUUGUGUUUCCAACAACUCUAAUGGAGUUACCAUUUGGGGAAUUUGAUUUGAUUCUGGGAAUGGACUGGCUGGAAGAGCACCGAGUUUGUUUGGAUUGCAUGACUAAAAGGGUAGUUCUGAGAAUCGAGGAUGAUGUGGAAAUUAUUCUGAUCAGCGACGUCAAGAUUACUUGUCUAACAACACUGAGGGAAUUUCUGGAUGUAUUUUCUUAUGAGCUACCGGGUUUACCUCCGAAUCGAAAAGUUGAGUUUGGCAUUGAGCUUCUACUGGGUACAACUCUGGCGUCCAUCGCUCCAUUUCAAAUGGCACUGAAAGAGCUUAUAAAGCCGUAUUUGGAUCAAUUUAUCAUAGUUUUUAUCGAUGAUAUUCUGGCAUACUCUAAGACUGAGGAUGAGGAUGAUGAGCAUCUUAGAGUAGUGGUUCAGAUACUUCAAGAGAAACAACUUUAUGCUAAGUUGAGAAAUUGUGAAUUCUGGUUACGAAAAGUGACAUUUCUAGGGCAUGUGGUUUCUACUAAAGGGAUCCAAGUUGAUCUUAGAAAGAUUGAAGAUGUACUUGAUAAGAAACAACCUAAGAAUGUUUCUAAGAUCCGUAUUUUUCUGGGUCUUGCAGGUUAUUAUUGGAGGUUUAUUGAGGGGUUCUCGUUGAUUGCAACUCCUCUGACUAAGCUUCUACAUAAGAAUGUUCCUUUUGUCUGGACUGAUGCGCAACAAUCGAGCUUUGAGAAGCUCAAGUCUGUUUUGACUAAGGCUACUGCUCUGAUACAACCUAAAUCUAGUAAAGAGUUUGUGGUUUAA